UUUAAAUCUUGUUUCAUUUGGAUUUUAAACAUAUAGUUAGAAUGAGUUUAGUUGCAAGAAUUACAGUCUCUCCACACCCCAUGUUUAAUAUAGAAAGCAAAUCUCAAGAACUAGCGAAGUCUAUAAUAUUUUGAUGAUAAAAAUAGUAAAGUAAGGUUUUGGGUAUAAUAUAAGUUUACACGUACACAUGAGUACAUAUCAUCUCUCAAAUUAAUUUAGAUUGCAAAAAACUUGAAUCCAACGACAUUUAGUGUUAUAGGUCCUUUAUCUACGGACGUCCCUCUCCUAUGGAAUGGCAAAUGGAGAAAACGAAAUGAAAAAGAUGACUGAUGGCUCAAAUUAUAAGUCGCACACAAACAAAAGAAAACAGAAAUAUUAUCUUUGUUUUCUUUCUCCUCAACGCUCUUUUCCUUUUUUGUGUGUGGGAUUUAUUCUGUUCAUCUUGUUACAAGCUGAUAUUCAUCAACCUAUCAACCUCAUUUGGAAAAAAAAAAAGUUUUGAGAGAAGAAGAAAAAGAAGAAAGAGAAAUUUCGUAAAUGGAGGAUGAUAUAUAUAGUAACCCACUAAGCGUUUUCUUGAUCCUUCAUCAUCUUUAAGAUUGAUCUUUCUUUAAAAGAACAAUGCCUGUGCCAGAUCCACGAGCGGGGCAGGCAUUCAUCUGUCUCAUUACCGUAUUUCUUUUCCUGUCGAUUGCUGUCGGAGGCGGUUGUCUCAUUGCAUACACAGUCCUUCCUUACCCUUCAAUCUGGCUCGCUUACAUCGGCAUUUUCUUUGUUUGUCUUCCUUGGUUCUUUUGGAUCUUAACAUUUUCAUACCGCAUUGUUUCACGCACUUUUGGAUUCAGGAUGGUCAUUGGAUCCGGUGGUAACAAUAACAGUGCCAAUGGAGAGGCCAAGCCACGCGAACUUGACCCCCCCGAGCAAUCGUUAGAGUCUCCUAAUGAUGAACCUGAGGCGAUGGCUCGUCCUCAAGGCCAUAUUCUAAUGUCAAUGGAAGGGAACCAAUCCAAGAAACGAAUGUCAACAUCCAGCGUCGGUUCACAUGAAAGUGAGAUGCCACUAGCCAUUUCUAUGGGCUCAUGAUGAUCAUAUAUAAUUUGAUAUAGAAUGAAAUCUUGACAUUGAUAGCAUCAGGACGGAGAUGCUAACCUGCAGCCUCUUGAAAACAUGGAUAUAUUUUUGCUGUCUUUACUUUGUAUCUUAUACAGAUAGAUUUGUAGAUUCAACAAAAGAAGAAGUUUUACACCUUUUACUACUACUACCAAAGUUUGUAGAUUCAACACUUUGAGGUUCUUUAACUUGACAUACAAGCCAGGAUAUCCCAUUGUCAAGUACCAAAUGCUGGCAUCGGCAAAUGGGCCACAUCUGUCAUGUUUGAACUAGCUAUAACACUAGAGGAUUUGACAAAUUACAAACAUUUUUGGUUUCCUGAUCACUCUUGACCUUAAUUUCCUAGGGGGAAAUUGUCACAAUUUGGUUCUUAAUACAUACUGUUUGUGUGUUCUCCUUAUUUCAAUAACUGAUUCUAACAUCAAAUCAUUUUUGUUAUCUAUCAAACGUGUAUCACAUCCAUCAUCCAUGCAAACAGUUUGCUGAACAUUGAACAAGGCUAAAAACUAUGGGCCUAUGGCAUCAUACUGACUCUAUAUAUACGUUUAAGAGUUUUCAGUCUGUUGUUCUUCACUUUUCAUAUUAUAACACGAGAAAGAGAAAUAUUUUUUUGACUAAACAACUAAGCGACAAGGUUUGGACAAACGAAAAAACAUUGCAAAGACAUGUCAUUUACAAUAACUCUAGUUUCUAGUGUGGUCAACAUAAAGCACGUGAAUAUUCAUCAUUUGACUCUUGCCUGCUAUACAUAAUCACACCGAGAAACAACGAUUAAUUUAUCUUUCAUUCCUGCAUAUACUUAAUAUAUAUAUAUGAGGAUUACAGUAGUAGUUUUAUACCAGUAGUUACUAAUGAUAAUAACAUAUAUAUAUAAUUAUAUAUAUAUUCAUCAAAGUAUAUAUAUAUAUAUAUCUUCAUCAAAGUCAUUGUUAUCUAUUACUCUUCUUCAAAAACGUAUAAUUGACUUCCUUUGUUUUCUUUCUAUAUAGAAUACUCCACAUGAGCAAUUAGAUACAAAUCUAUAGAUAAGAAUCCGAAUAGUAUCUAAGUAUCAUAUUUCAUUUGUAGAUGCUUAUAAAACAAUACAAUAUUCUUUAUUUUUUAUUUUUCAUUUUUUGAGAAAAUGUAACAUAAUUACAUAAACAAUAUCUCGGUAAGCAACGUGAGAUUUAAUAACUCUUGUUCGUAUGUAUGAAAGUUAAUCUUAAGAUUUCUGGAGAAAUUGAAGCCACGAACGGACCACGGACGACUAGACGAGUAAGAGACGUGUGCUAGGUUCAAUGAUUCUGAAUAAUUUGGCAGUACGUACAUGUGUAGCCAACACAAAAGAAAGAAAAAGACAUCUACACAAUAUUAAUAUUUGAAACUAAUAGAAGUCCAAGUGGAAGUAAAGUGGGAGCAAGACACCACACGGCAAGGGACACACAACUGAAAGAGAGACAAAGGUAUAUAGAAAGCUUAAGAUCAUAUGAUAUGUCCGAAUCAUCUCAUGUGCAAACUUCUUUUUUAAAACGGGUUUGUUGAUUUUUUUACUAUUAUGAAAAUUUUGUAGGUAUUAAUGUUCUAAACACCAUCAUACUCAUUACAGUGUUUAUAAUGUCAUCAUCGCUUACCAGACUCGACCAAAAUAGUGAAAUUUAUUGAUAAGAAAAUCAAGAUAUCGAGGCAAUUGUUUUUCUAACUGUUUUAUGGAUGAAGGCUUAGAAAAAAAACCGUGUAGACGAUUUUGAGGGUAAUCAACAUAUAUAACCCUUUAAGAGAAUAAACAAUGCAAUUAGCAAUUAAUUAGAAUCUUGAUGUGUCAAGUGAAAUAAUAUCCCAUACAAAAAUAUAUCUUAGCAAAAAAAGUGAAAUAUAUAACAUACAAUCCAUGUGGUUUCAGAUUCUUAAUAUGUUUGAUAUGAAAGACAUCUAAUUGUAACUAUAUAAAUAGAUACAUAUAUGUAGAGAAAGUUAGUUGGGGGCUAACCAGUAGCCAUCGUAAGUGUUUGGUAAAUAUUAUUUUCUGAAGUAGAAGAAGAAACAAAAGAAAAAAUAGAAGAGACCAAACACUUACGGCCGAUUUUAAAAACUCUCUCUCUCUACCUCUCUGUUCUCUCUCUUAAAUCUUUCACAGAGAGGGAUGAGAUGAGAGUUUUUUGUUUAUCGAACGCCGGUUCCUUUCCGGCAUAAGAUUUCCGAGAGGUCGGGCUUCGACUCUGGCAAUCGGUGGCUAACCCAGCACCGGCUGGCCGGCUUUCGUCUCUAGAGUCAUCACCUCCGGUGAUGAUUGCUAGCGUCUCUGAUUUGGUGAGCGAUUUGGUUUCGUUGAAGAUAGCUUAGGCGAUGAUGGGGUAUGUUGUUGAAACCGUUGUGGGUUUCUUUGAUCGUUGGUUUCGGUGGACAGCCGGUUGUUUUCCGGCGAAGAUCGGUGAAGGCGGUGGAAGUUAGAUUGUGGAAGUUUCAAUGGAUUCGAAUAGUUUUCUUCUCGGCGAAGUGAUUGUCUCGGUGUUUCACUCAACCGCAUCGGGUUAUUGCUGGUAGUUUCUCUGCUCCGAUGAGAUUGGUCUCCGGUAGUACAGAGUUCCGGUGUGAAGCCCUGUUCCGGCGGUGGUAGGUAGCGGUUUCUGUGGUAACGCGUGUCGCUAUGUUCGUACACGUGGGUACAACAGAUGUAUUCCCCUCCUUUUGAGUUUUUGGGCCUUGUCCUUUUUGUCGUUGCCCUUCCUUUGGGUCUUUUAGCUUUUGUUUUUAUGGCUCUUUAUGUAAUUUUUAGAUCUUGUUAAUAAUAAUAUCAGUUGGCAAAAAAAAAAAAAAGAAAGAGACCAAACACUUAUCAUGAUUCAUGAGUAACCAUCAUAGUUCCCAUUUCUCCAAGAAAAUUUAUUGUUUACUUUCAAUUAAAAAAAAAAAUUCCUUGAAGAAGAGCUUUUCCUUGUAGCUCUUAUAAUGAUUACAGUUAAGGUUAGGUGUGAAAAAGUAACCGAAUGUAAAUCAAGCUUUCGGCGAAAACGCUACCUGUAUGCAACAAAAAGUGUUCGAAAAAAAAAACGAAAAUAAUCAUUAGUUUGAUAAACUUUGUCACUUUUGAUCUCGAUUGUUUCCCAUUUCAGUUCUUUUUUAUCUCCUUAUAAUUAAUCUCCAUCAAAGAAACAAAAAAGGAGAUACAAACUCAUGAUCACUAUUAUGAUAUGUUUGAAGUCAUUUGGGAACGUAUGCGUGACAUGAGGGAGGUGCAGACAACCAACCUAUCAGACGUUGACAAUCACCUAAAUGUAACGCUAUCUCGUCUUUGAGAGCCUGAUUAUGUGAGAGCUUCUUUGAUUUAGUUAAUAUUAUUUUAUCUUAGAUGGUUACCCACUUAUUAUAUACUGAACCUGAUAAACCAA